AUGGAAAACACCACACAGCUUUCACUUCGUGGGCUUUAUGCUCUAGUCACUGGCGGCAACCAAGGCAUAGGGCUCGCUUUAGUCACUGGCCUUGCUCGGGCUGGAGCGAAUGUCGUGGUCUUUGACAUCUCCCCACCUUCGACGGAAUUCGAAAGUAUUGCAAGCUCCUACGGCAUUCGCACCGCGUAUCGGAAGGUUGACGUGUCGUGUGUGGCAUCCCUUAAACAGGCUUUUGAAGAUACACUUCAUCCGUUCUGCGGUGACGGUGGUCUAGACAUCUGCAUCGCGGCUGCAGGGAUCAACCAAGUCAAGGACUUUCUUGCUACCGAAGAAACCGACUUUGAUAAGCUCAUGAAGGUCAACGUUAAAGGGGUAUAUUUUACCUGCCAACUUGCCGCGCAAACAAUGAUCGGAUCCAGGCCAGAUCGUGGCGAGACCACGGACAUGUUAAGCAAUGGGUGCGGAAACAGGAGCAAGACUAAAAGCAUCAUUGUCAUUGCUAGCACAACAUCUUAUGUGGCGAUUCGGACGCACAAUUCAAGCGCAUACGCCGUGACCAAGUCUGCCGUCCGGGGAAUGGUACCUGAAAUAGCAAAAGAACUGGGACCACGUGGGAUCAGAGUCAAUUCGAUCAGCCCUGGCUACACCUUGACGAGUAUGACAGAGGGAUAUCCGGAGAUCAUAAAGCAGUGGCAAAACGACACCAUGCUGGGAUUCAUUGGCAUGCCCGAGGACUAUGUUGGUAUCUCACUCUAUCUGGCGAGCAACGCAAGCAGAUAUGUGACUGGACAAGACUUCCUGAUUGACGGGGGCUCGACCAAAUGGUGA